AUAUAGAAGUUUUUGGAUGGCUGCAGACUCUCAGACAGGGAUGAUGUGGGAGACUGUGUUUCUGCUGCUGCUCCGCUGUGUGGAAGCUGUAGCGGCGUCUCAGUGCUGGCAGGGGACGACCUUCUCUGAAGCGGUGGUGUCUCCGGCAGUGGAGAGCAGCAGUAUCCUGCGAGUGCCAGGUGUAGCGACAUUGCCACAGUGUGUGGCAGCCUGCUGCGACCUUCCUGGUUACGACCUGGCCUGGCUGUUCGAGGGCCACUGCUACAUCCUGAGGUGCCAGCAGAGGGAGAACUGCCAGCCCCGGCAAAGACCUGGGGUUGAUUCCUUCCUUGCCUUCCUGCGGAGGCCAUCCCCGCAGACGCUGGUGCUGCAGUCUCUGAUGAGAGGUGAGCCAUAUGGCGGCCGCUGGAGGCCCCUGUCCCGGUCAUCUGAGGCCCCUGGAGAUAUAGAGGCCCUUAAGGAUCUUGCCCUGUUGGAUGAGUCCCAGCAAGACAUCUAUGACCCCGAGAUUCUGGGUGUGGAGUACUCUGAGGGAAACCAGGACGAGAGGGGAGGUGGUGGCUCAGAGGCGGAUACAAUGACUGAUCAGACGUCUUUGAAGGCAAGAGACAGGUUUAACCAAUCAGUGGCAGCUGAUGGUCCAGAACAGGGGCUGACAGAGAGCAGUGUGGCCCAGAUUAGAUCCUCCUCUCUGGGGAACAUGAGUCAGGGGGAUGAGGACAGAACCAGGAGCCCAACUGAACCUGCUACUGCAGAGAAAACUACAAAAACUCAAAGCACAGUUUCUGCACCACUGACAGUCUCAUCACAAAAACUGACAACUGACUCCACCCAACAUGACCAUAUAAGGACUUCAGGUCUCAUCUCUGCUGCACCCCAGUGGCCCAGCAGCACACCUGUACAGCCAGUUCAACCCCUAGUGGUGUCUCUUGGAAACCGUGUAGAGCAGCCCACAGUCUCACCUGAACACGCAUCUGACACAGUUAAGAUGGUCCAGUCUGCAGCCGAAGCUCCACCGACCAGCAGCCAACCCCCUGCCCAGACUGUGACCUCUGACCCCACCACCACCAUCUCAACUCCCAGCAUCAACUCUUCAACCAUGACCACACUGUCUGCUACAACGGUCUCAGGGGACAGAGGGUCAAACUGUGGUCCGGUGGCCAUUGUAGGUCCUGACAGGAAGUUGUUUCUCCCGGUGAGCAACUUGUUGCUGGAUGGCAGAGGCAGCACUGAUGACCAUGGUAUCGUCAGCUAUCACUGGGACGCCAUCAGUGGUCCUCCAGGAUUAGAGCUGCGGGGAGCGGACCAGUCUGUAGCCACAGUGACAGGACUGCAUGUGGGGAACUACACCUUCACACUGACUGUCUCGGACCAGGAGGGGGCGACAGACACCGCCUCCCUGACGGUCAGGGUCCAGGACGCCAGAAAUCUUCCUCCUGCAGCCUUCCUCCUGCAGCCAGAAAUUCACGCCAGCGGCAGCCACACUCUGACGCUGCCCAACAACUCUCUGAUCCUCAGAGGCUCCAUCACUGAAGGAGACCAGGCCGAGGUCCACUACCUGUGGGUCCGAGACCGCCAGAGUCCCGCUGCCGGGGACGUCCUGUAUGGCUCGGACACUCAGGCCUCCCUGUACCUGGCCAACCUGGUGGAGGGCACCUACCUGUUCCAGCUGAGAGUGACCGACGCCCAGGGCCGCUCCAACACGGCCACGGCCACUGUGGAAGUCCGACCAGAGCCCGGGGGUCCGGAGGAGGUGGAGCUGGAGAUGCUGGUGUCAGUGUCUCAGGUCAGCGUGGCUCAGAGGGACACAGUGGUCCGACAGCUCGCCGCUCUGCUGCACGUCCUCGACAGAGACGUGCAGGUCCGAGCGCUGCAGGGACGCUCGCACCUCAGCACCCUGUUGCGGUUCUUGGUGCGGGGCCCCUCGGGGCCUCUCUCUGGCGCCAGAUUAGUCGGUCUGCUGAGGAACCAGCUGCUCAGAGAGAAGAGUGACUAUCUGCUGUUCAGAGUCCUCAGAGUUGACACUAUCAUGUGUCUGCUCCACUGUUCGGGCCGUGGGCAAUGUGAUCCAGUCACAAAUGAGUGCGCCUGUGACCCCUUCUGGACGGAGAACCUGAUCCGUCGUUACCUUGGUGACGGAGAGAGCAACUGUGAGUGGAGGGUGCUGUACGUCAUCCUGACCAGCUUCAUGCUCAUGGUUUUCAUUCUGUCUGUCAGCUGGACUUUCAUCUGCUGCUGCAAGAGGAGGAGACAGACCAAAGUGAGGAAGAAGACCAAGUACACCAUCUUGGACAACAUGGAUGACCAGGAGAGGGUGGAGCUCAGACCAAAAUUCAGUAUCAAACACCGCAGCACUGAGCAUAACUCCAGCCUGAUGAUGUCAGAGUCAGAGCUAGACAGUGACCAGGAUGCCAUCUUCAGCCAAGACCGACCAGUCCGCAGCCAGAACCGGCUCAGUGCUCAGAUCACCCGCAAUGGAAACACCUUUGGAUGACAGGAUUGCCGACAGGCUGGACUCUUCUGGGAUGUAAGCACUCCAGCAGCCCCAGAUGGCAAGGAGGGAUAUACUUUUUAUAAAGUGUGAAGGACUUCACUACCCAGAAAACCUGUGCUGUGAGUAAAAAUGACCCAGUGCCCCUCCUUCAGGGUCAGACUUCUUUGAAGAACCUGAGGACAUGCAGGUGGGAACAUUCAAAAUGUUAGCAACUUAAAGACUUGGACAUUUUGGGAAAUCAACUUCCUCCAGAGCCAGAUGAGGAAGAUGGCUGGUUUCAUCCCUGUGCAUGUAGUACAGAGACAAGUCCAGGACAGGCUUAGCCUAGCUUAGCACAAAGACUGAAGGCAGGUGGAAACUGCUAGCCUAGUUCCAAUAACAGAAGCCAACUAGAAUAAAAGCUAAAUCUGAAAUUACAGACCUGAAAUUUAACCAGGAUGACUGCUUUAUCUAAACCAUCUGUUAGCAUUAGACAACUUUACAGUAUAUGCGAGUUAUUUUUAAAUCUAUUGUGCUUUACUUGUGCAAGUUUAGUAUAUAGUAUAGAGAUGAAGGCAUGGCUCUUAUAUGAGCAAAACCUUUAAACACAGAGUAAUCUCUGCAUCAAUAUCGACAACUUGACUGACCGAAAUUUUAUAAUUUAUUGUCCAUUAUUAAUUAUCAGAAAUACAAAAACCAAGACAUUUAAUAUUAAUUUAACAGAGUAUAUUGCAAGCACGACAAUAACACUUUGUAUU